CCCCAGUCCCUGCCCCGGGGCUGCGGGCCCGGCGGUGACGGCGCGUUUGCUUCCCCCGCAGGACGGAGCUGCUGGAUGCGGACGAGGCGCCGCGGAAAAUGCCGCUGAGGGACAAGUGUUGUCAGACUGACCAUCACCACCACGGAUGCUGCGAGCCAGUGCAUAUGUUGGAACCUGGUGAUCCUCCUUUGUUACAGCAACCUAUGCAGACAUCAAAAUCUGGUAUUCAACAAAUUAUUGAGUGCUUUCGAUCAGGAACUAAACAACUUAAGCAUAUCUUAUUAAAGGAUGUGGACACCAUUUUUGAAUGUAAAUUGUGCCGCAGUCUCUUCAGAGGACUACCAAAUUUAAUUACUCAUAAAAAGUUUUAUUGUCCUCCAAGUCUUCAGAUGGAUGACAACCUCCCAGAUAUAAAUGAUAAACAAAGCCAAGCCAUACAUGAUCUCCUGGAAGCCAUCUAUCCAAGAGUGGACAAGCAAGAAUAUGUAAUUACACUAGAACCAAUAGAAACAAAUCGGAAUGCUGUAUUUCAAAUUGUUUCAAGGACCGACUGCCCAGAUGAGAAUACUGAGAUUAGCAGUACCCCUGAUCAAACUCCAGUACAAACACAGGAGCCUAGCACUGAACAGCCCCAAACUGUUUCAGUUCCAGAUACAGAAAAUUUAGAUUUACCUCCUGCUGAAACUGUUAUAAACAAGGUGAUACCUACUCCUGAAGAACAACCUCCACCAUUAAAUACUGAAUUGGACUCUUCUGAAAAUUCUGAUUUUGGCCAGCAAUUGAUUUGUUGUCUUUGUAGAAAGGAGUUUCAUUCCAGACGUAGCGUACGUCGGCACAUUAGAAAAGUGCAUAAAAAAAAGAUGGAAGAACUAAAGAAGUACAUAGAAACAAAAAAGAAACCAAACCAAUGCUCUACAAAAGGCCGAAAUAAGAAUGUUCUUAUAACAUUAGGUAGGAGUUGUCCGGUAUGCUAUAAAUCAUUUGCUACAAAAGCCAAUGUAAGGCGGCAUUUUGAUGAAGUUCAUAGAGGAUUAAGAAGGGAUUCCAUUACUCCUGAUAUAGCUACAAAACCUGGGCAACCUUUGUUCUUGGAUACAGUUUCUGCUAAAAAAUCUUUUAAGACCCAAAAACAAAAGUCGUCUUCAAAGGCUGAAUACAAUUUAACUGCAUGCAAAUGCCUUCUGUGCAAGAGAAAAUAUAGUUCACAAAUAAUGCUUAAAAGGCAUAUGCAAAUUGUUCACAAGAUAACUCUUUCUGGAAAGAACUCUAAAAGAGAUAAAGGACCUAAUAAUACUGCUAAUGGCACAGAAAUAAAAGUAAAAGUAAAAGUUGAACCAGCAGACUUUGUAGAAUCUUCACCCCCGUCCAUCAUCCUUUCUCCGCAGAAUGAAUUAAAGGGAACAAAUCAUUCAAAUGAGAAAAAGAGCACACCGUCAGCACUGAAAAAUAAAGUUAAACAAGACACUGAAAGCCCUAAAUCAACCAAUCCAUCUGCUGCAGGUGGCAAGCAAAAAUCCAGGAAGCCAAAACUUUCAGCUGGCUUUGAUUUCAAGCAGCUUUACUGUAAACUCUGUAAACGCCAAUUUACUUCUAAACAGAAUUUGACAAAACACAUUGAGUUGCACACAGAUGGAAAUAACAUUUAUGUUAAAUUCUACAGGUGUCCACUCUGCACUUACGAAACACGUCGCAAGCGUGAUGUGAUAAGGCAUAUAACAGUGGUUCAUAAAAAGUCAUCACGUUACCUUGGGAAAAUAACUGCAAGUUUAGAAGUCAGAGCAAUAAAAAAGCCCAUUGAUUGUGUUCUAAAUAAGGUGACAAAAAGAGGCCCUCAGAGGGAUGAAGCAAAGCAGAUUGGUUCAAAACAGGAUGUCACCUCUAAUUCGCCCAGUAAAAAAUAUGAAGGAGCUGAUGUUGGCAUUGAAGUAAAAGUGACAAAAAACUUUUCUCUUCACAGAUGCAAUAAAUGUGGAAAAGCAUUUGCCAGAAAGACUUUUCUAGAACAUCAUAAAAAAACCCACAAGGCAAAUGCAUCUCAUUCAUCUGAAGAAAACAAAACCAAAGGCAGAAGUACAAGAUCUAAAGCUCUUGUCUGGUGAGGAACAGCUAGUGUUUUGCCUUUUAAAAGACACAAAACAAAAAACAAACCAACCCCAAAUCUGCUAUUGUUGCUUUGUUGCCUGAACAUGUACUUUCCUAUAGACCCGAUGGUGUAGGAGAUGAAAGAGUAAUGUGCGUAUCACAUUUGCCUCUUGAGUAAAAUUUGUUUUCAGUGGCUUGGA